AUGAACAACAGCAACCAUGAAAAAAAGCCCUUAACAUUUGUUUCAGAAGGUAUUGCGGAUGUGAAGACGCAGAAGGAGAGAGAGCAAGCUGAACAGGAAAAAUUUGAGGCUGAGAGGCAGAGAAGAAAUAGGAAAUCACUGAGGGAACAACUUCGAGCAAAUGCAAUCAAUAAACAACGUGAAUUCAAGAGCCUUGUGAAGGAGCGGGAAGGUUUCAAUAGGUUGAGUAAGGAAGAGCUUGAUUUUUUUCAGAAGACCAAAGAGAAGGAAGAUGCUAAGGAAGAAGAGUUAAGUAAGUUUCUGGAAGAAAAAGGUUCUGAGUUUGAAAGGAAGAAGAAAAGGUUUCAACGAGCAUCGGACACAACUAAAAGUAGUAUUACAAGUGAAAAAGCGGGUCCUAGUAUGCCCUCCAAGAAAGGUCACUUAGGAAUUGUAAAAAAAAGGAAAAAAUCCAAAGUAAGUGUCACAAUGAAAAAACUCAAUGAUACCACGUAG